GCCCGAUCGGAGGCAUCGAGCGGCUUUGGCUUACGAUAACAAGAUUUAACAACAAGUACCAGUCAAUCUCUUAUCAAUUGUGAACGGUCAAAGAAUUGACACCGAGUCCCUAUACAACAUUUAUGUUUGUGCUAAUAGAUUGAUUAUUGAUUUAGAAUAUUCUUUGUGAAUCACAUCAAACACUCAUAAUGUGGCAAAGUGUUUACCUUUUGCUGACCGCUGUCGUAAUAGUGGCGUCAGCACCUGAUCGUAAUAAUGCGCUAAAGUUCGACAUUUCGCAAUCACAUAUAACAGUUAUCAAUGAUGUCAAAUCAAGCCUGAAUGACAUUACACCUGCUCAAUGGAAGGGCUUUGUGACAUCUGGAGUCGAUUCAAUUAAUAGACAAAAAAGGCUGGAAGAUAAUCUUUUAAGCUCUGCCAUUACGGUGCAGAAUGGCAGCUUGUCACAUGCUCAACUACUCGACACGUUGCCCAAUGAAAAGUCCAAGCUGGACAGCGAUAUUGCGCUAAAAAUGCUCAAGGCAAGUCUCUACAUCUACAACAGCAAGUGUGAUCCCGAGGCUAUCAGUGGCGAUCAAUGUCGCACCUAUUUGGAGUCGAAGCCGCUGCCAGAGGGCAGCACUCUAAGGUCGGAGUGCGAGAGGUUGUUGAACACCCAACGAGAUGGACAUCACGCUUUCAGGCGCCUGUUGCCGCAGGACUAUAAGGAUGGUUUCCUUCAGCUGUACAAUGAGCGUGAUCAGCCCAACGCUUGGGACAUUAGCAUGGCGCUCUACGAUCGUGAAAAUGAGGCCGCCGAGAAGACGCGCUCAAGAAGCCGCAGCGAUGACAGUCGCAACUUGAACUUGGUGUUGGUGCAGUUUGCACAGUUCGUUGAACACGAUCUCAGCAAAACAGUUUCACAGUCGAUGAGCAGUGGUUCGCCUAUUGAGUGCUGCAAUCGCGAUCAGCACAAGUUGCAGCCACGCUUCCAUCAUCCGUUCUGUGCUCCAAUCACGUCACAGGAUAAAUACGGUUUCCACAACUGCUUGAACUAUGUGCGCAGCGCACUUGCUGUAGGCGAAAGCUGCAACUUUGGCGGUGCCGAGCAGCUUAAUCAAGCCACUGGCGUCCUGGAUCUCUCUCAGCUUUAUGGCUUUACCGAUGCUGCUCAAAGCAAAAUGCGUACGCUGUCAAAGGGCACUUUAAAGUCCAGUUCCAAUGGCAAUCUGUUGCCUCGCACCUCGGACAAUGAUGAGCACACCUUCUGUGCUUGGGGCGACAAUGCAAAUGCCACCAAUUGUUUUGUUGCCGGCGACUCACGAGUCAAUAGCAAUCCUCUCUCCAUUCUUGUCUACACCAUCUUUUUGCGCAAUCACAAUCGCAUUGCCGCUGAGCUUUUGUCGCGCCACAAGAAUUGGAACGAUGAACAAUUGUUCCAGGCUGCGAAGACCAUCAAUGUGGAUAUCUAUCGUCGUGUGAUCAUGAAUGAAUGGCUGCCCGAGGUGCUGGGUGCCAACAAUGCAGCUCAGGUGCUAAACACGCCAGCAGCAACAGCGGGACAACCUUUGCCUGAGGUCUCGAAUGAAUUUGGAGUUGCUGCCAUUCGAUUCUACUUCUCAAUGCUGCCCAAUGUGCUGCACAAUUUGGCCAAUACUAAUGAUGUUGCCUCAAAUAAUAAUGUCCUGCCACUGACCAAUCUGUUUGAGCUCAAAAAUGAAAUUUACACACCCCAAAUUCAAUACACACCCCAGAAACUGAAUGAGAUCCUGCAGAGUUUACUUCAUGAGCGUGCCAUGAAGAUGGAUGCUUCCUAUGUUGGUGCCAUUGUGUGGCAUGAACGCACGAAGCCAACUCAUGCCGAUGUCUUGGCAUUUGACAUACAAAGAGGACGCGACCAUGGACUUCAGCCAUACUACAAAUACUUGGAGGCUUGCAGCAAUACGAAGAAGGUUACUGGUUGGGCCGACUUUGAGCCCUAUAUCCCCAGGGAGAUCUUGGAUAAGCUGAAGAACCUCUACAGAGAAUGCAAGGAUGUGGAUCUUAUAAUUGGAGGCAUUUCCGAGCGCAUUGUCAAUGGCACUGUGGGACCCACCUUUAGCUGCAUUUUGUCCGAGCAAUUCUCCAGAAUCCAUCAGCGUCAUCAGCUGCAACAGACGUCAACCCACAGCACUUUAUUGGAUGCCUAUAGAAGCAUGAACGGAAGCAAGCUUUUAUGUCUGAACUCGAAUGUGCGCGCUGUGCCCGAGAAUAUAUUCAGAUUGCAGUCGAACAGCAAUCGACUGGUUGAUUGUAACAAUGUGGCAUAAUUCGGCAAUGGAAGAUUGUGGACAGUGCAACUUGGAGCGUAACGAAAAACCCCCAAUUAAUGGCAAGACGAAUUUAUAGUAGACGAUGUUCCUAAUCUCCAUUUACUCAGCCACCUGUGGAAUGCAGGUUGCACAUCCAAUGAAAGAAAAAGUGAACAAACUUCAACCUUAAGUAACAUUUACUAUACUCUAUAAGCACAUAUUUGUAUCUAUACUUGCGAAUCCAAAUACAGAGUUGCAAAUAUAUGUAAAAUGUAUAUAAAUCCAUUAAGUACAACUUGCUUAA